GAAGAAGAAGAGGAGAUAGAAGUCCAGGAGGAAGUGGAGGAGAGUGGAGUACAAGAAGAAGAGGAGAACAGGGAUGUGUCUGCUCCAGAUCUAGAGGAAGAGGAGGAAGAAGUAGAUAGUAUCAGUGACCCAGGUAAGUUCAGGUGUGGAGUACGGAGAGAGGUUGGUGCCUUGGAUCUAGAGGAAGAAGUAGAUAGUAUCAGUGACCCAGGUAAGUUCAGGUGUGGAGUACGGAGAGAGGUUGGUGCCUUGGAUCUAGAGGAAGAAGUAGAUAGUAUCAGUGACCCAGGUAAGUUCAGGUGUGGAGUACGGAGAGAGGUUGGUGCCUUGGAUCUAGAGGAAGAAGUAGAUAGUAUCAGUGACCCAGUAGAGACCUCCAACCCAGGUUCAGACAGUGAGCCCAGUUCCACAGCAUCAGGAAACCCUAAACAACACAGACAGAGGAACUCAAGACAGAAACAUCACCACUGCAUGGACUGCUUCACUAGUUUCUAUGAGCCAGAGGAGUUGAGAAGGCACACUUGUAGGCCCCACCCCUGCUCAGAUUGCAGAGGCAGUUUUAUUUGUCCCACUCACCUCAAAUCAAAACAGACUCACAAAAGGAAGAAGACUUACCCGUGUGGCCAAUGUGGGAAGAGUUUUAGUUGGUUAGACUCCCUUAAGAAACAUCAGAGAACACACAGUGGACAGAAGCCGUACCACUGCUCUCAGUGUGAGAAGCGUUUCAGUCUGGUAGGAAACCUAAAGAAACACCAGCUCACUCACACAGGGGAGAAGCCUUACCACUGCUCUCAGUGUGAGAAGACUUUCAGUCUGGUAGGAAACCUAAAGAAACACCUGCUCACUCACACAGGAGAAAACCCUUACCAAUGCGCUGUGUGUGGGAAGGGUUUCAGUCAGUCUUAUCGACUAAAGUCACACCAGAUAACUCACUCAGGAGAGAAACCAUACAGCUGUGAUCAUUGCGGGAAGAGUUUUAAAUUGGAAGGAAGCCUUAAGAGUCAUCAGAGAAUACACAGUGGAGAGAAGCCCCACCACUGCUCCCAGUGUGGGAAGGCUUUCAGUCAGGCAGGAGACCUAAAGAAACAUCAGAGAAUGCACACAGGGGAGAAGCCUUUCCACUGCUCUCAGUGUGGGAAGAGUUUCAGUGAGUUAGGAAACUUAAAGAGACACCAGAAAAUUCACACAGAAGAGAAACCAUACAGCUGUGGUCAUUGUGGGAAGAGUUUUAAAUUGGAAGGAAGCCUUAAGAGUCAUCAGAGAAUACACAGUGGAGAGAAGCCCCACCACUGCUCCCAAUGUGGGAAGAGCUUCAACUAUUCAGGAAGCCUUAAGGAACAUCAGCGAAUACACACACGGGAGAAGCCUUACCACUGCUCCCAAUGUGGGAAGAGCUUCAGUGAGGAAGGAAAUCUAAAGCAACCCCAGAGAAUACACACAGGAGAGAAACCACACAGCUCUGAUCAGCGUGGGAGUUGUUUUAAAUGCGAAGGAAGCCUGAAAGAACACCAGGAGGCAGUGCGCAGUGCAGUGCCUGAUCCUGGCCUCAUAAUGGAGUUGCCAAGCUGGGCAACUGCAUAUCUAACUAAGAUUGACUCACAGAGAAGCUCACAGUGGGGUCCAGAGAUGGUCUUAGUGAAGCUGGAGGACUGUAGUCAACCACUGGAACUCAAUGUGAUAGUCAAAGAGGAAGAGGAGGAGAGAGAAGUCAAAGAAGAGGAGCUAGGGAUUAAAGAGGAGGUGGAGGAGAGAGCAGUCAAAGAGGAGGCGGAGGAGAGAGCAUUCAAAGAGGAGGCAGAGGAGAGAGCAUUCAAAGAGGAGGUGGAGGAGAGAGCGUUCAAUGAGGAGGUGGAGGAGAGAGCAUUCAAAGAUGAGAUGGUGGAAAGAGCGUUCAAAGAUGAGAUGGUGGAGAGAGCAGUCGCAGAGGAGAGAGCAGUCGCGGAGGAGAGACUGGUCACAGAAGUGGAGAACAGGGAAGAGGAGGAAGAAGUAAAUGGUAACACUGACCCAGGAGAGAGCUCCAAUCCAGGCUCAGAUAGCGAUCCCAGUACCACAGCAUCAGGAAACCAUAAACAACACAGACAGAGGAACUCAAGACAGAAACAUCACCACUGCAUGGACUGCUUCACUAGUUUCUAUGAGCCAGAGGAGUUGAGAAGGCACACUUGUAGGCCCCACCCCUGCUCAGAUUGCAGAGGCAGCUUUAUUUGUCCAACUCACCUCAAAUCAAAACAGGCUCAAAAAAGGAAGACGACAUACCCGUGUGGUCAAUGUGGGAAGAUAUGUGAAACACCAAGCAAACUCAAGACGCACCAGAUAACUCAUACAGGAGAGAAGCCAUACCACUGCUCUGUUUGUGGGAAGGGUUGCAGUAAUUCGGACCAUCUAAAGACACACCAGAGAACUCAUACAGGAGAGAAGCCUUACCACUGCUCCCAAUGCGGAAAGAGUUUCAGUCAGUUAUCAACUCUGAGAAACCACCACCUAACUCACACAGGAGAGAAGCCUUACCUCUGCUCUCAUUGUGGGAAGAGUUUCAGUCAGUUAGCCAACCUAAAUACACACCAGUUAAUUCACACAGGAGAGAAGCCUUACCUCUGCUCUCAAUGCGGGAAGGAUUUCAGACAUCCAAGAGAAUUAAAGUCACACAUGAGAACUCACACAGGAGAGAAGCCGUUCCACUGCUCCCAAUGUGGAAAGAGUUUCAGUCAGUUAUCAACUCUGAAAAAACACCAGCUAACGCACACAGGAGAGAAGCCUUACCUCUGCUCUCAAUGUGGGAAGAGUUUUACCACAUUAUGUGAGCUAAAGGCACACCAGAUAACUCACACAGGAGAGAAGCCUUACCACUGCUCACAAUGUGGGGAUAGUUUCACCAGUUUAUACUUCCUAAAGAAACACCAGCGAAUUCACAAGGGAGGAAAGCUGUUCCACUGCUCCCCGUGUGGUAAGAGUUUCAGUCAGUCAUCAACUCUUAAAAAACACCAGAUAACGCACACAGGGGAGAAACCUUACCACUGCUCUCAUUGUGGAAAGAGUUUCAGUCUGUCAGGAAACCUAAAGAGACACCAGGUAACCCACACAGUAGAGAAGCCUUACCGCUGCUCUCAUUGCGGGAAGAGUGUCAGUCAGUUACAACACCUAAAGACACACCAGUUAAUUCACACCGGAGAGAAGCCAUACCACUGCUCUCAGUGUGGGAAGAGUUUCAGUCAAUCAUCAACUUUGAAGAAACAUCAGAGAACUCACACAGGAGAAAAGCUGUGUCAUCAGAUCUGAAGACACCAGCUUGUUCACAUAGAGGAGAAGCCUUAACUCCACUUUCAAUGUAGGGAUAGUUUCACCAGUUUUAUAUAUUUUUUUAAAACACCAACUAAUUAUGACUAACAAUAACUUACUUGGUUAAAUAACGGGGGGACUUGCAAAGGAGUGUGGCACCUGCUCCCUGUGUGCUUCUGUCACCAGGUGAAAAAACCUUUCCAAGCCAAACCUUCAUAUGAUGACCACUAACCGCUACACACACAGUCUACAUCAUUGCCUACUAGAACUAGCGUGUUAGUAAACCUGCUACAAUCAUGCAGUACAGUGUACAGUCAGAAAGCAGUUUAGCAGUUACACCGGCGGG